GUGGUGGUGGGGGUGAGGGGUGGUGGUGGUGGUGGGGGGGGUGAGAGCGCCCCGGAGCUGGAGCGGCGGCUCCCGGUAUCCCCGGGGCCCGAGGCCUGAGGGCCGUCACACACACAAUGGCGGCGGCGGCGGCUGCGCGCGGGAAAUGGCUGAAGGUCGAAGAAGAAGAGGAAGAGGAGGAGGAGGAGGAUGGCGGCGGCGGCGGCGAUGAUGAAGAAGAAGAGAGCGCGCGGCUGGACUUGAGCUCCGAGCACUUUGACCCGUACCUGGCGCUGUACAGCCCGCGGGAGCCGCGCCUGCCCUUCCCGCACGCCCGGUGCUUCAACAACUUGGCCGAGUACGAGUCUCUGGUGCUGCGAGGCCGCGGCCCGGGCCCGGGCUCAGGCUCAGGCCCAGGCUCAGGCCCAGGCUCAGGCUCAGGCUCAGGCCCGGCGGGGACCAGGCCCCGGGCCCGGGCCCGGGAGCGGAGGGGCAGGAGGCCGCCCCCGGACCCCGAGCGGAUCGAGAGGCUGAAGAAGCUGAUGGUGAAGGAGCCGCGGGAGCGGCAGCGGGAGGAGCGGCCCCGCAAACAGCACCCCCAAAACGUGCUGACCAGAAUGUGCCUACAUGAAGGUAGCCCUCUGGGUGAACUGCAUCGUUGUGUACGGGACCGGAUAAAGAUCAAUGUUCACAUUCGGACCUUUAAAGGACUGCGUGGUGUCUGUUCGGGGUUCCUGGUGGCCUUUGACAAGUUCUGGAACAUAGCACUUGUUGACGUAGAUGAAACUUUCAGGAAGCCCAUCCUUGGCAAAGCCUUUUACAAUGAACCAGCACUAACUGUUACCAGGUUGUUUGAGAAGCUUAAGAUACAACAAAAAUUGGAAGACCAGGAAAAGAGUAUGAAGCCAAGCGAUUCUUCACCUAAGAACCUUGAAGUUUUUCCCUCAGCUCAUCGGGCUGAGAGCGCAAGUCUGAAUACUCUUGUUCAAGCUGCACCAACAGAAGUGAAUCCCGAUAGUUUAAACUCUUCAGUAUUGAAUAAGGUGUCAGGAAGUGACCUCUCAAAGAGGAGAUCGGAGAAAGUGGCCUCAACUUGUACAGGAGCAAAGCAGAAGAGGAACAGGAGCAGUAAACCCAAGGUGGAUUAUCAGAAAGUCUCUCAGAGACACGUGAACCAGUUGUUUAUUCGUGGAGAAAAUAUUUUAUUGAUAAAUUUGUUGGAGUGAUGGAACAGGAAGAAUGUGGAGAAUUUCUGGCCAUUCCCCUCAACACCUGCAGUGUACUGGAGCUGUGCUGAGAGUCACAGCAAAUGGAGAAAUUGGACACAACUCAUUGUUUUCUUGGACCUCUGUAAAAUUUUAACCACCUGGAAAUGUGGAUGGCUGUCCUUCUGGAAAAGGAGGAAAUUAAUAAUAAUAAUAAUCCUUGCGUUUGAUAUGGCGCCUUAUCAU